AUGUCCUCAGACCAGAAACGCAUAGUCGACGACAUCUUUGGUGACGACGAUGACGACGACAAUCAGAGCCAGGACGAAGAUCGCCCAAACACAGGAGACAAGGGCGACGGAGCAGCAGAAGGACAGGAGAACGGCGCCGAUGGCACUGAUGGAGAUGCUGCGGGAGAAGGAGAACUGGGAGGAGGAGCAGAUGAGGAGGACGACGAUAUUCAACUCCCAAGCUUCAAGAAGCGUCAUGCCGAUGGAGAGUCACCCACCCCCGAGCCCAAGAAGAAGAAGAAAUUGGCAAAGAAGUCAAAGCCUUCGGCCGAUGGAUCAGGAGCAAUUGGACCAGAUGGCGCAGAGCUGCCACUUGACCCUAUGCAGGAAAAGAUGUCAAAGUUGGACAGGGAUUUUGAUCUUGCUAUCAAGAGCGGCAAGUCUACCAGCCGCAGACGCAAAAAGGACGACGAAGAUAUUGACACGGAGCUGGAUGAGAGCGCAGCACGAUUUGUGGCAAAGAUGCAGGAGGCGGCCUUUGCAGACAUUGAUGCAAAGUUGAACCAUCAGGCCGCUCUUGCGAAAGUCAGGAUGCUGGAAAACGUCAAAGCCCAGCUCAACAAGUCUCAUGUGCACAACACCUUUUUGGAUAAUGGAAUUCUGGAAUCAAUGAAGCUGUGGCUGGAACCCCUUCAGGAUGCCUCCUUGCCAAGUUUGGACAUUAUUCAGGACUUUUUGGACAUCCUCGACAUUCUUCCAAUUCAGACACACCACCUUUCUACCAGUGGAGUCGGUCGCGUCGUGUACUUUUACACAAAGGUCGAUGAUUCCCGUGUGACACCAUCUAUCAAGCGCAAGGCCCAUGUCCUUGUCGACAAGUGGAGCAGACCUAUUGUCAAGCUGAGUCAGGAUUACAGGACCAAGAAGAUCGACUACGCGGAGGGCGACCAUCAAUCAACAGGCCAACGUCGGCGUUACGACAACUCCUCAGCCGCCGCCGCUUCUGCCGAGUAA